AUGGGUUCUCAAGUCGACCCAUCACCGUCAUGGGAGAACUGGGAUAGCUGUCAUGUCUUUACAGCAAAGGAGUACAGUUCCAAGAGUUCUGGUGGAAAGAAUUUUGAAACCAUUAUAGUUGACGAAUCGAUUGACUAUGAAGUCGUUCUUGCAUUUUGUCAAGACCGGCAGGUCUCAGAGAUGUCGCUCUUUAAACUGGCCUGGGGCAUUGUCGUUGGGACUUAUGCUGGCGUAGAGGACGUGUGUUUUGGCAUCAAGACAAGCCGAGGCCAAAGCAUACUACGCUGUCGAUUAGAUGCCAAACAAACCACGGGCAGUCUUCUAUCAUCGAUGGAGGAAGUGUCGUUGGUAGUUGAUGGCGAGAAGCACGGUCUGUCCGCACUCGCCAGCUCAACGGGACUAUUUGACACGAUACUGUCAAUCCAAGACCACAGUUCCACCAUGGUGACCGACGCCAUACAGACAAACGGCGGCAUUUCAGCUGAUUCCCCAAAUGUGAUUCUUGAAGCCCAGGUCCACCUGCAAAAAGGCCCUAUCGUCAUCCGCUACCCACAGCACAUCUUUAGCGAGUUGCGGGCAUCACGAAUUGCUAGGUGCUUUUCGACUUGCAUUCUCGCAAUUGUGGCAAAUGCCGAUGAACAUCUUCAAGAUCUGGACAUAUUGCCACCCACCGAUGCUGUGGAUAUUCAGACGUGGAACGGCAAGGAUCUAGGAACCUACAAAAACUGUCUUCAUGAAGUAAUCCGCGAAAGAAUGAAAGAAGACCCAGAGGCCCCUGCCGUGUCAGCAUGGGAUGGAGAUCUGACCUACGGCGAGCUCGAUGUUCUCUCUUCGCGUCUCGCAUCAAAGCUUUACAACCUCGGCGUACAUGUCGGGUCUAGUGUUGCUUUCUUGUUUCAGAAGUCUAAAUGGACGGUGGUGUCCAUACUGGCCAUUCUCAAAGCGGGGGGUGCUGCAGUGGCACUCAAUCCAGAAUUUCCAGUAGAGAGACUGAAAAACAUACUCGAGUUUACGCAAGCCCCGGUACUACUAGUCGACUGUGCGCUAGAAGGCAUGUUAUGCAUGUCACAGAAAGGCGUGGUAGAGCUCAUCGUCAACGAAUCGUUCUUUCACCAAGCGUCUGACUCCCCAAGUGAGACGUCCGAGUACGUAUGCUCGACAGUAAAACCGGACGAUGUGGCGUAUAUUCAGUUUACGUCUGGAAGCACGGGUCAACCGAAGGGUAUCGUGAUCGAGCAUUGCACAUAUCUGGCCAAUGCCGUCUCACAACACGAGGCAUGCCACGUGAACAGAUGUUCCCGGGUACUGCAGUUCGCAAGCCACAGUUUUGACGCAAUUUUGGUUGAGAUCCUGACUCCGCUGUUGGUUGGUGCCUGCAUCUGCAUCCCAUCAGAAGAGCGCCGUCUGAAUGAUUUGGCCGGCGCCAUGAGAGAUUUGCGAGUUAACUGGAUGGGCGUCACGCCUACUCUGGCAAAAAUAAUCAGUCCCAAGGAUGUACCGGCUCUUAAAACUCUGUGCACUUGGGGAGAAGCGGCAAGUAGCGACAUGAUAGAAACUUGGGCUGACUCAGUUGAACUCAUCAACAUAUAUGGACCCUCCGAGAACUCAGUCGAGGCAACCUCCCAUUCUUGGUCCAGAGGAAUCCGAGAUCCAUCGCAUAUGGGCAAAGGCAUGAAAGCCGUCAACACGUGGGUUGUUCGCAUCGACAAUCGGGAAAAGCUGACUCCGAUUGGAGCAAUUGGAGAAUUGGUCCUUCAAGGCCCAACGGUGGCCCGUGGCUACCUUCAUGAUGAAGCUCGAAAUGCAGUCGCGUUCAAGGCCGAGGUGCCGUGGAUACCGCCUACUACCAACAGUUAUCGUAUGUACUACACAGGAGAUCUUGUGCGGUACACGCCAGAUGGAUCCUUAGAAUUUUGUGGCCGACGUGAUACUCAAGUCAAGAUCAGAGGACAUCGCGUUGAACUGGGUGAGAUUGAGCAUCACAUCAACCAAAGCAACUCAGGCAACUAUUUGCAAUCGGUUGCAGAAGUAGUUCGGCCUAUCUACCGGCCGACCCAGAAGAUACUCAUUGCUUUCAUUUGCGAAAGCCGGAAUGCUGCAGCAUCGAUCGAGUCUCUACUCCAACCUACGUCCGACGCAUUCAGGAUUAAAGCGAUGUCUAUCAAGAGUUAUCUGACGAAAUACCUCCCAUCACAUUUCAUUCCUUCCAUAUUCCUACCGCUCACUUACAUACCAACUGCUGCUUCAGGGAAAGCGGACAGACACAGGCUGAGGACAAUGGUCGAGUCCUUGUCUGAAGUUGAACUCAUGGAAUACUCGUCCCAUGAACUCCCAGCGAAGGAAAAGGGGUCCGAGAAAGAGAUCUUGAUUGCGCGUCUCUGGGCUCAAAUUCUCGGGGUAGAUGAAAACGCUAUCACACCUGGCGACAACUUCUUCUGGCUCGGAGGCAAUUCCAUUCUUGCCAUGAGACUCGCUGUUGCAGCUCGCGAGAAAGGGAUUGCAAUAACAGUAGCACAGGUCCUCCAACACCCGCGACUUCAAGAUAUUGCUUCUACGGUUAAGAUCGAGAAAAUUAAAGAGGCCGUGGUAAAACAGCAUUACGGGUAUAACCAUUUUUCUACGUUAUACAACGUGUUUGCUGAAGAUUUCGUCAAGAGGGUGGUAGCUCCAGAGUUGGGGAUUGCAGCCUCUAACAUCAAGGACAUAGCGUUGGCCACUGACUAUCAGAUUGAAAACCUGGCGUGGUCCUCAUUGAAGUCCAGAGGUGGCACUAACUAUGUUACUUUCGAUUUCGACGUCGCGCUCGAGCCUGAUAGGGUACAGGCUGCAAUAGAGCGGCUUGUGUCCUACCAUGCUAUUUUGCGGACAGUCUACUGUGUCUACCGUCAACGGGUGUACCAAGUUGCUGUAAAUCAACUAGCGUUUGAUAUCGUCCAUUCGCUGCACGUGGAAAAUGUGGACAAAACAACUGCGUCUGUGAUGGAAUGCGAUGCUCGACAGCGCCUGGAUAUCACUGCGGCGCUCGUCAAGUUCUGGUUACUUCGGGGCGCACACGGUCGAGUUAUGCGGCUCAUUAUCCGGGCCUCGCACUUACAGUACGACGGAGUAACGCUUAUAAGAUGGUGCAAUGAGUUUGGCCUGGCUUACAGCGGGUCCAAUCUCCUGCCAAAGACAUCUUUUCCAGAAUACAUGAAUUUUGCAGCAAACCACAACGCAAAUGACGCUUGCCACUACUGGAGAAAACUUCUGGAUGGGUCGUCCAUGACUAACGUGUUUCAGCACUCCAGUAUUCCUUGGAAACACGUGCUGAAUGGCCAAGUGGAGACGCUCAUUGACACCUCUUUGGUUCACUCCCACUCCGAUAUCACAAUUGGCACUACUAUCAAAGCUGCAUGGGCCCUAGUACUCGCUGAGAUGGCGAGCAGCGGUGAUGUUGUUUUCGGUUCCGUAGUCUGGGGCCGAAAUGCCAUGUUUCCGGGAGUGGAGCAAGUAGUUGGUGCGUGCAUCGACAACAUUCCCGUUCGAGUCCGCCUCGGUCCUGGUAUGACACGCCUUCAACUACUGCAGCAGAUUCAAGAGCAAUACUUUGAAGCAGUCAGUUUUGAAAACUUUCAGUACAAGCGAAUCGUCAAAGAAUGCACCGAUUGGCGACCUUGGGAGCGCUUGAGCACUCUCGUCGAGUACGAGAACCUGGGAGAGGAGAGUUCACGGUUCAAACUUGGCCGAGAGUACGGCAGCUUCACCGUAGAUGAAAUCAGACCUCCAGCAGAUCGUCACGAUGUAACUAUAUACAGUAUGCCCAUGGGCGAGAAGCAGACGUUCAUUGCACUCGACUUCUGCAGGGAUAUUGUUCCUAUAACAGUGGCACAGCGAAUGCUGGAUCGCAUGGUGGAGCAUAUCCGGGCGUUUCACGACGACCACCAUGUGCAAGUCGUCCUAUCCCCCCCAGACGAGAUUGGGUUGCCCCACAUACCGAUGUCACUAGGACCCUCUGCCGGAGGAAAUUCGAACAAGCUCAAUGAGGGUGGUCAGCGGAAAAAGGCUUGCGAUCGUCUCAUUCCUGAGGACGAAACGAACCAUACUCGGGUACGACAGCUUGUAGAGAAGGCCUGGAGCUCCGUGUUGGGAUGUCAGCAAGCGGACCUUGCCACCUGCUGGGCCAAUCGGGUCCCUUUCUACAACGUGUGGGGAAAUCUCAUCGCCUCUUACGCCCUGGCUAGGUAUUACGAAAGGGAAGGUAGUCUAGUAGCUGCAGAGGAUCUUUUACAGAACGUUGAUAUGCAGUCUCAGGUGGCGCUAUUGUUCGGUCAAGCCAAGCCCAUGUACUAUACAGACUAA